AUGCAGUGUAGCAUCCUACCUGUAGAAGACUUGUUGCAGAUUCUGGUUCGAGCUUCAGCUCCGCUUGUUUAUACGGUGGAUGCUAGGCUCCGCCCCCCCACCCCCAACCCCCCACCCCCCCAUUCCACUCGCCCCGCACCGCCCCCCCAGUCGUCCACAGUUCAGUCCGUGGUGGUGAGUUCCCUUCAAGGGAGUGAAGAAAGCCCUCCCACAACCAGGAUGAUGUCUUCGGCCACACUUUGCCAAACUGGAGCCUGGCGAUUUGUGACCAGUCUUAUGAGGGACAGGAGAUCCUGGUUGGGACGUUUGCCAGAAUGUUUCUCUGUCCCAAAGACCAGAAGCACGAGUCCUUCUCUUCCCUGCUCCUCCUCAAGCCAUUACCGAUGCUUUAGUGCCUCUGCUGCUAGUCGCAACUCUUCAUCAUCACCUCAUCAGAAGACCCCGUCCUACAGCUAUGUCAUCGUUGGGGCCGGGUCGGCGGGCUGUGUCCUUGCCAACCGUCUCUCAGAGGAUGCCCAUGAGUCUGUGCUGCUGCUGGAGGCCGGGCCCAAGGACAUGUUGCUAGGCAGCAUACGGCUGUCAUGGAAGACGCACAUGCCGGCUGCACUGACCUACAACCUCUGUGACGACAAGUAUAACUGGUCCUACAACACUUUACCUCAGGCCCACAUGGACAACCGGGUGUUGUACUGGCCGAGGGGUCGUGUCUGGGGCGGGUCCUCCUCGCUCAACGCCAUGGUUUACAUCCGUGGACACGCCGAAGAUUACAACCGCUGGCAGAGAGAGGGGGCAGAGGGCUGGGACUAUGAACACUGUCUGCCGUACUUCAGGAAAGCUCAGUGUCAUGAGCUCGGAGAAAAUAGGUACCGAGGUGGUGGUGGGCCUCUUCAUGUGUCCAGAGGGAAGACCAGCCACCCCCUUCACAAGGCUUUUAUUGAGGCGGGGCAGCAGGCGGGAUACCCCUUCACUGAGGACAUGAAUGGACACCAACAGGAAGGCUUGGGCUGGAUGGAUAUGACCAUUCAUAAUGGGAAGAGGUGGAGCACGGCCAGCGCUUACCUGAGGCCUGUCCUGGGUCGACCCAACCUGAAGACAGAGGUGCGCUGCCUCACCUCCAAGAUCCUGUUUGAUGGAAACCGUGCCGUGGGAGUUGAAUACAUACAGAAGGGACAGAAGAAGAGGGUGUUUGCCGAUAAAGAGGUGAUAUUGAGCGGGGGAGCCAUCAACUCCCCUCAGCUUCUCAUGCUGUCUGGGGUGGGAAACGCUGACGACCUCAAACAACUCGACAUCCCUGUGGUUCAGCACUUGCCAGGUGUUGGCAGUAACCUGCAGGAUCAUUUGGAGCUGUACAUCCAGCAGCAGUGCACUCAGCCCAUCACCCUGUACAAGGCACAGAAACCUUUCCACAUGGUCAAGAUAGGCCUCGAGUGGCUCACCCUGUUCACAGGUUACGGAGCAACAGCCCACUUGGAAAGCGGCGGGUUCAUCCGCAGUCGGCCCCAUGUCACACACCCCGACAUCCAGUUCCACUUCCUGCCCUCGCAGGUCAUUGACCACGGAAGAGUUGCAUCUAAGUUAGAGGCGUAUCAGGUUCAUGUGGGACCAAUGAGAAGCACCAGUAUCGGCUGCAUGACGCUGAAGAGCACCAACCCUUUGGAUCACCCGAAUCUCCAGCCCAACUAUCUGUCCACUGAUACCGAUGUGUGGGAGUUCAGACAGUGUGUUAAACUCUCCAGAGAGAUUUUUGCUCAGAAGGCCUUCGAUCCAUUCCGGGGCAACGAAGCCCUGCCUGGUCCUCAGGUCCAAUCCGACGCCGACAUCGACGCCUUCGUCCGCCGAAAGGCCGACAGCGCCUACCACCCCUCCUGCACCUGCAAGAUGGGCUCGCCCUCCGAUCCGAUGGCGGUCGUCGACUCCAGCACGCGGGUUCUGGGUCUGGAGCGGCUGCGUGUGGUCGACGCCUCCAUCAUGCCCAGCAUCGUCAGCGGCAACCUGAACGCGCCGACCAUCAUGAUGGCAGAGAAGGCCGCCGACAUCAUCAGGGGUCGGCCUCCUCUUGUCGAAACAGGGGUUCCCGUGUACCAACCACCAACGCUCGACACUCAGAGAUGAACAGGGAUCCAGACUAGAGGGUAGUGUGUUGUCAGUGAUUAGGCAACAGCAGCCGUGGAGCAGCUGGUUAGGAGGAUCCUUCAUCCGUCAACUAAUGUGAGUGUGUGUUUUCUUGAUUUUGAAUACUGGUGAAUUUUAACAGUUUACAUCUGAGGCUCAGUUUUACAAAGAUUAUAUAGAACCAGCGGCCGUGUUCUCACAGCCACACAGCAGUUUUAAUGUAGUGGCUGAAUAUACAAAUAUAAUAUACCUUCUUUGUGUAUAUUCACCCAACUUUACAUAUACUGACUUUCUGCACUGAUUGUUAGUGUUUGUGUUCAAACUCACUUUAACUUCAUCCAGUAUUUCUUGAACCAGCUACAGUAAUUUUUAAAGCCUUUUAGAACUCUUGCAUUAAUAAACCUCGGACAUUUUGAUUAUCCUGAGGUAAAAUAAAAUCCCACAGCACACAACGUGUUUGGAAUACAACUCAAGUUUAAAAAAAAGUGACAUUUUUAAUAAUCACAGGAGAAUAAGUUGUUUUCUGAGUGACGAUCAGCAGGCUGCUUUCUAACCCCAGCAGUCUCAACAGCAGGUUUGGUUAUUUAAUCUGCUCUAACCAAUCAUCACCAUGGUAACAUGCCUCUUCCUUCCUGCAAAUUUGCAGAGUCAACAUUAUGUUUGCUGUCAACAUUGUCAUUAUAAAAAGCUAAAUACUUUUAGUAAAAAAGUAGAAAUGGUUUGGAGUUGUAUCGACACAACUGACAACAAAUGUGAAUAGUUCAUUUAUAAACUCCUCAGAUUGAACUCUAUUCACAUCUGGUGCUGAGACUUGAGCCUGUUGUUUUUAACCAGCUCAUUUUCUCAUGGGUUCUGGGCCCAGACAUAGAUCUGUUAUCAGUUAAAACCAAAAGACUCACACAUGUCUGGCACAAGCAGAGAACAACUCUCCUUCUUCUACUCCACUAAUUGUUCUUAAUGUAUUCAGUUGGCGCGUUAUGAAGCAGAUAAAGGAUCAAUCUGUUUAAUUGCUUCCAUGAAACUGAUCUUCCUGAUGUGGGAAAUUUGCUGCUUUGGUUAAUCAAGUUUUUUAGCUCCAAGCUUUUAGCUGCUUUUUGGUUCAGUCUGCUGCAUUAGCAAUAAAUUCAAAUGAUAUCUCUGAUUAUAUGAAAUCCUGCUAAUAUAGAUAUUGUGUUCAAACUCUCUAUAUGUAAAAUAUACACUAAAAACUUUAACUAAAAAGUAGGGGAAAAAAAUAAUUGCACAUUUAUUUCUAUGUUUACAAAGAAGCUUGAUUGUGUUGAACUGACCAGAUAAAAUGAAACACCACAGCAGCCUAUAAGAUGUGACCAUAUCUAUACAGUGGUGUUAUAACUAGUGUGGAUCAAGUUCUAGAAUCAGCUUCACUGAAAAUCUUAAAUUCGUACAUGAGGUAUUAAAUGCAUGUUUUAUGAUGUGAAGGAAACAGCAAUGUGUUCAAAUAAUGUCUAAUAGUCUUAUUAAGCUUUGCACUACACUAUGAAGAAUCUAACUGACGAUAAUUGUUUACAUUAUAUAAUGUUGCACAAAGUUAAUUUAGUGUUUAAAUCAUUUUCAUGUGUAUUAAUGAAGGAUCACAAAGGGAAGUUAAUUGUGAAAAUUCACACAGUAUUAUGUUUGCAUGUUUUUUUUUGUGGUUUGUACUGUAAGCAGACGUCCUGACUUUGUCCUCAUUUCAUUCAGACUUUAUUUAGUCCUUAAAAAAAAUCCUCGACAGGUUCAUUGUCAUUUCAGGCAAGAAGUAAAACGUACAAAACUGGGUUCGUGUUUACAUUGGUACAAAAGGUACGAGUACGUUUGCUACAAAGUAGACAGAGCUAUGAUUGUUAUUUAAUUUUCAUACAACAAUUGGGUAGAAAGCAGAAAUCUUCAAGUUCAUCACUGACUUUUUACAAACAACUGUACAGAUUUUACACAUCAUCGUUGUCGUGUCAUAAUCGACCUGCAAAAUAUUCGAGCAGUACAAAAAAAUAAAGCUGUCAGUUGCACAACAA